AUGUGGCCAUCAGUAUCGGAGGAAACAACAGGAUGCGGCUCGUCUGGGACUCGUCUAACGCCAGUGACGCGCCGACCGCGCAAGCCGUACCGCCUCAUGAAGCCACGCGAAGCGUGGACAGCGGAGGAGCACGAGCUAUUCGUGGAGGCGCUGCGGCUGUAUGAGCGGGAUUGGAAGCGCAUUGAGCAGCACAUAGGGACGAAGACGGUUGUACAGAUCCGGUCGCAUGCACAGAAGUAUUUUCUGAAACUGCAGAAGAGCGAUCAGAGCGCGUGGAUUCCCCCAGCGCGCAAGCGACGAACUGCGGGCGGCGGCAGCAGCGCCGCCAGCACCGAGGCAAGUGACGGCGGAGCGGCCUCCAGCACGGGUUCGCGACCCGAGACGCGCGCAACUGCGGCAACCGUCGACAAGGCACCAGUACGCACCACAAACGAAUCGGACAGCGCCCUUUCGCCUCAAGAACGGACCCUAUUGAGACCGCACGCCGCGGAGGAUGUGUCUAGCGUGUCUGCUUCGGGCGGAGGCGCAAACUUCUCAACCAGCGCAUCGCUAGCGCAUGCGGCAGCGCGCGAUCGAGGCUGGCGCUGGGCAUUGGCGGGAAACGCACGCAUACGCGCAGCAUCAGCGGACACGUGUGCCCACGCAUCGCCACUGGACAGCGUGGCGCUGGACGCAACACCAGCAGCACCAGCAGCACCAGCAGCACCAGCAGCACCAGCAGCACCAGCAGCACCAGCAGCACCAGCAGCACCAGCAGCACCAGCGGAAUGUGGUGCUGGAAGUGGUGGAGGCGCAAACGGUGUGCGCGCACUGAAGCGGCGGCUGCCGAACGUAUCGCUGAAGGGCGUGCCGGACGCGGCACCUGCGGGAAUCGCUGAGCUGCACCGGGGUGCAUCGCAUGCGGAUGCGCUGGGCUCGGCAGCUAACUUUCGGGCUAUCUACGGCUUUUUGGCAUACUUGCUGAUGCCAUACGAGGAGACUGGUGGCGAGAGCGCUCGGCAUUCGGAUCUGUGUGUGAACGCUAGCUGGAGUGAUGCGCAAGCCGCAGAGGCUGGCACUGGGCCGCCUUUGGGCCGGGAUCUACGCGGAUGCGCUGAAUCCCGCAAGGACUGGCGUGAACGCUACCGAUCUCUGAGCGCUCUGGAGCAGGACAUCGUGCGGCAGAUGCUGAGGCGUCUGUGUAGCAAUUUGUUGGACCGGCGGUUUGUGGAGGGCGCUCUCCGCAGAUUCCGGGAGGCUGCCCUCGAGGAGAACGCCUUGGCGAUGCGGAGAUAG